AUGUCCGACAGCAACUUGGACAUAAGCAAUUACAUACUGCCUAACGGCACCGUCCCUUAUGAGGUCAGGAGACAGCUGCAGACCGGUUGCCAUGCCUACAUCGAUGGGAUAGGCACUCCUUACGGUUAUGUCCCCUCUCUCGCAGCAGGCAUCGUCUUUCUUGUCCUCUUCGGCCUUACAAUGGUGGGCCAGACAGUUCAGUUUGCCUGGAAACGGACCUGGUGGUGCGCUGUAUUCGCUGUGGGAAGUCUCACCGAAGUCAUAGGAUGGGCCGGGCGAACCUGGUCCGCAGAAUGCCCAUACAACACCAAUGCUUUUCUCAUGCAAAUCACAACCCUGAUCAUCGCGCCCACCUUUUACACGGCAGGCGUCUAUGUCCUCCUUGGCCGCUUCAUCGAACUCCUUGGCCGCGACUCUUCAAUCCUCAGCCCGCGAGUGUAUCUCAUCAUCUUCGUAACUUGCGACAUCAUUUCGCUUGUAGUCCAAGCCAUUGGCGGCGGAAUGGCGUCUGUCGCCGCUGCGCAAGAAAACGGCAACACAACUCCGGGCACAAAUAUCAUGGUCGCCGGUAUCAUCUUUCAAAUGGCAUCGAUUACUGUCUUCGUCCUCUGCGCGGCAGAUUUUGUCCGUCGGACCCUCGUCCGCCGGCUCUUGCAGAACUAUACCAAGACAAUCGUGCCGCUGCUUGCGGCGAUGGUUUUCUCGGUACUCUGUAUCUAUGUCCGGAGCAUUUAUCGGACCAUUGAGUUGUUGGAAGGCUGGAGCGGGUAUCUUAUUACCACAGAGAGAUUCUUCAUUGCGCUUGAUGGGUCAAUGAUGGUUCUAGCUGUCGCCAUAUUCAACCUGAUCCAUCCCGGGUGGUUUUUGCCUGAGUCUGGACAUGGAGGAAAAGGGUGUGAAGAUGGGAGCUUCACGGAGCUGAGGUACCUGGGUUAA